UUGGGAUCAUCUGGCGGAGGGUUGGGUCAGCAGGGGCUUGGCAGCGGUGCUGCAGCCGAGGUGGAGUCAGCCAAUGGCCUGAGCCUACGACGCUCCGCGGGGCACUUUUGGUGGCCGGCCCCGCAGGGCUCUGCCAUUUGAACUGCGGCGCAGGCACCGCCGCGCUCCGCUCCUGGCGCCGCUCCCAGCGCAGAGCUGAGCCGAGCCUGGGGCUCAGCUUUCCCUGCGCUCUCCCUGCCUGACGGCGUCUGCGGGCUCCGCUGGCCAGGACUCCGGGGCCACCAUGGAGGAUACCACUCUGCAGAUCAUCGAACCGCCGACUGCUUCGGAGGCCUCCGAGGAGCAGGCUCCCGAGGAGCCGAUCAAGCCCGAUCAGAUCAACGGCGUGAUGGUGCUGACCCUGCUGGACAAGAUCAUCGGAGCGGUGGAUCAGAUCCAGCUGACCCAGACACAGCUGGAGGAGAGGCAGCAGGAGAUGGACAGCGCAGUGACCAGCAUCCAGGGGGAGCUGACCAAGCUGACCAAGGCUCACACCACCACCAGCAACACUGUCAACAAGAUGCUGGAGAAGGUUCGCAAGGUGAGCGUCAACGUGAAGAGCGUGCGGCAGAACCUGGAGAAGCAGGCAGGGCAGAUCAAGAAGCUGGAGGCCAACGAAGCAGAGCUCCUGAAGCGCAGGAACUUCAAAGUCAUGAUCUACCAGGAUGAAGUGAAGCUGCCGUCCAAGCUGAGCAUCAGCAAGUCUCUGAAGGAGGGUGAGAAGCUGGAGAAGGAGGGUGAGGGCGAGGAGGUGCAGGUGGGUGAGGACCAUGCCGAGGAGGACCACAUCCAGCUCUCCUCGGAUGAAGAGGUGGAGAUUGAAGAGAUUAUUGAGGAGUCCCGGGCGGAGCGCAUCAAGAGGAGCGGCAUGAAAAGAGUGGAUGACUUUAAGAAGGCUUUCUCAAAGGAGAAGAUGGAGAAGACUAAGCUAAAGACCAAGGAAAACCUGGAGAAGACCCGGCACAACCUGGAGAAGACUCGCCAUAACCUGGAGAAGAGGAUGAACAAGCUGGGCACCAAGAUUGUGACUAAUGAGAGGAGAGAGAAGAUGAAGACCUCUCGGGACAAGCUGAGGAAGUCUUUCACUCCUGACCACACCAUCUACGCCAGGUCCAAGACAGCUGUCUACAAAGUGCCACCCUUCACUUUCCACGUCAAGAAAAUACGAGAGGGCGAGGUGGAAGUGAAGGCCACGGAGCUGGUGGAGGUCGGCGGAGAGGAGGGAGAAAACUCGGAUCUGCUGCGCGGGGAGAGCCCCGAGGUGCACACCCUGCUGGAGAUCACCGAGGAGUCGGACGCGGUGCUGGUGGACAAGAGCGACAGCGAGUAGAGGCGGGGCCGGGCGGCGUCUGCAGUGCCCUCUGCCCUGCUGCCCCGGGGCACUGCGCACGAUGCCUCCCUCCUGCCCCCGGAGCCGCCCCCCGCCCGCUUGGCCGCGGUGGUUUUGUAUCUUCGCUUUAGCACACACAGGGCACACAGGACUCUUCCUCACACUGUUGAAUCACCCUCGGAGACCAUUCCUGCCUGAGAGCCGCCCGGCGCCUGCCCGCGGGCACCCUGCCCAGCUGCAGCGUGCUGAAGGCAAGAGGAGGGCUGCACACCUGCAGAGCUCCAGCGUCCUCCAUGUGCAAAGCCCUGGUGUCAAGACAGCUCUGUGCUCUGCACCCCACCCUGCUUCCUGUGCCAGGCAACGUGCCCACCGCUGCAGGCACCUGGCUGGCCUGGCAGCACUUGCAGAGGGCAGAGGAGCUGCCGUGCCCCUGGUGCACGAGGGAAGAGCCCAACGAGUCCUGCUGGUGGACAGAGGGUGGGUGAAGCUGAGCCAUCAGCAGCGCCACAGCAGCCACCACCAGCUGUGGCUGGGCUCCCAGUGGGGUGUGGGAUGUGCCGAGGCCAUGUGAGGCUCUUCACUGUCAGAGCAGCCUUGACACCAGGUCAGCGCCAACCUUGAGUACUUCUGAGCAUCUGCUUCCUCCCAAGGCCCCAGCACAGCUCAGGCUCAUGCCCAUGUCCUGCGCUUUCCUCCCCAUUUCUCACGUUCUGCAGCCGUCCCCUGCAGCCAGGCAGCACCAGGGUAGCACACUGCAGCUUCAGGGCACUGCCCUGGCACUGCUCGGGGUGGCCACACUGUGAGGGAGCCGGCAGUGAGGCAGGAGCUGCCUCGGCCGCUUCCCUGGGGGGCUGUGGCUGCGCCCAGGGGGCUGAUCCUGGAGGCAGGGAAGGGAUGGAGCCCGUGUGCUC